AAUCGGCUUCUACUAUUCGUUCACCCCGCCUAUACCUAUCCAAUCUACAAAUCACACAUCAUGGCACCUUCUUCAGGACGGCGAGCACCGCCUACAGCGGAAGAAUUGGAGGAACGAGACAUCGUAGGCAUAAACAAGGAAACAGUAACCAACACCGUCUCGAACGACUACCCCGACAACUACGCAAACGAAGAGCAAGCGUGGGACAAGGACGUCUUCCGACAGAACUUCAGAGUCCAAUGGCACGAGAACAAGCAAUUCGAAGCGCAAUUCUCGCUAAUCGGCGUCGACGCCUCCAUCGCCAAUGCCUUCCGCCGCAUCCUCAUCGCCGAGAUCCCCACCCUCGCCAUCGACACCGUCUUCAUGCACAACAACACCUCCGUAAUCCAAGACGAAGUCCUCUCCCACCGCCUCGGACUUAUCCCUUUCACAGGCGGUAAAAAGGGACUGCGUGAAUGGAUGGGGUUCUGGCGCAAGCCCGCCGACGGCGAGGGCACCUACGACACGACCUUCGACAACAACACCAUCAGCCUGAAGCUCAAAGCCAAAUGCACACACAACCCGUCCGCGCCGCCGAACUCCAAGGACCCGCGCGAGUUAUUCCACAACGCGCAUUUAUACGCCCGGGAUAUCACGUGCGAGAUGCUAGGCGGCCAGCCGAAAUACUUCUCCGGCGCGGACCGCAUCCGCCCGUGCAACCCGGACAUACUGAUCACGAAGAUGCGGCCGGGACAGGAGGUCGACAUCGAGAUGCACAUGCACAAGGGCUUCGGGUGGGACCACGCCAAGUGGUCGCCCGUCGCGACCGCGAGCUACAGGCUCAUGCCUACGAUCACGAUCACGAAACCCAUCGUCGGCGAAGACGCGGAGAAGUUCGCCGGCUGCUUUAUGCCGGGUGUUGUUGCGCUGGAGCCGGUCACACGGCAGGAGGCGAGGGUUAAGGGGAGUGGCUUUGAGGGCCACGAGGGGGAGUUGAAGGCUGUGGUUAAGGACCCGAUGCGCGAUACCGUGAGUAGGGAGGUGUUGAGACAUGAUGAGUUUGAGGGGAAGGUGAAGUUGGGGAGACGGAGGGAUCAUUUUAUUUUUUCGAUUGAGAGUACCGGACAGUGGGAUAGUGAUGAGUUGUUUGUCGAGGCGGUGAAGACGCUGAAGAAGAAGUGUCAGGUGCUGAGGCCGCAGGUUACGAAUAUGGUCUAUACUUAUUGAGGGCCUAGUAAUGCUGCGUGCUUGGGGG